GGGGUAGGGGUCUCGACGUGAACGCAACAUCUGUUUCUCUUUACACUUUCUGGACUUGGCUGUUUCCAAGAACAAACCCGGGGCAGACGUGGCAAGAAAUAUUGAAAAAAAAAUUCCUGCGUGGAUCCCACUCCAACUCAGCGCAAAUGACCGCAAACGGUUAAACGGAUGGAUUAUAAGAUGGAUGGAUAUUUGGACCAGCAAGUGCCUUACCCUUUAGCAAAUAAGUCGCAAGGAAAUGGGCCCCUAAAUAGACUGUUGAUGGCAGCAAAAAGGAAAUUCAUGGACACAGAAUUACCCCCUCAGGAAUCUGAAGACCUCUUCCAGGAUUUAAGCCAACUACAAGAGACUUGGCUCACAGAAGCUCAAGUUCCUGACAGUGACGAGCAAUUUGUUCCUGAUUUCCACUCUGAGAACUCAGUGGCAUUUCACAGUCCUCCAGUCACCAUCAAAAAGGAACCACAGAGCCCUGGCUCUGACCCCAGCCAGUCCUGUAGCCACAAACAAACCUUCAGCUACCCCAGCGGAGAGCAGUGCCUUUACGCCAGUGCCUAUGAGCAGAAAAGGGCUGCGGGAGGAGCAAAGAGCUCCUGUCCAGGGACUCCCAUGUCCCCGAUGCAGCAGCAUUACUCCCCCAAACCUGCAGCAGCUGGACGGCCCGACGCCGGCUACCUGAACCCAGCUGCCACGUCCCAGCCCCUUCCCAGCAACAAUUACCACAUUAACAACAGUUCCAGGUUUCAGGGCACUUCAGCAGACCCUAUGUGCCCCCAAUUCCCCCCACCAGCACAGGCCUUUCAGCGCAUGCCGUCUGCCCCAGCUGGACAUGGCACUGGAGGAUGUGGCGUGGGAGGCGGUGGAGGUCCAGGGAGCGGCGGUGGCGGGGGCGGAGGCGGUGGUGGGGCGUAUCAUCGGCAGCACUCUGACCCCUGUGUGCCAUACCUGCAGCAAAGCUUUAAACAAGAAUACCUGGACCCUAUGUAUGAGCGAGCAGCUCACAUGGCAGGACCGGGCCAAGGACAGGGGCACGGGCACGGACCCCACCAACAUCCGCACUCACAUCCACAACCACAUCCACACAGGUUUCCACCAGCCCACAUGAUGGUUAAGCAGGAGCCCACAGACUACACCUAUGAGCCUGAUGUGCCUGGUUGUCCCUCCAUGUACCACCACACCGAGGGUUACCCGAACCCCCAACACAGCAAUGAAGGCUAUCUGUUCGAGAACGACUCCCGUGUUGUCCCAGAGAAGUUCGAAGGUGAGGUAAAGCAGGAAGCAGGCGGUGUCUUCCGUGAGGGAACGCCUUACCAGCGACGCGGCUCUUUGCAGCUCUGGCAAUUCCUCGUUGCCCUUCUGGACGAUCCAGGAAAUUCCCAUUUCAUCGCCUGGACUGGCCGCGGCAUGGAGUUCAAGCUCAUUGAACCAGAAGAGGUGGCCAGACUGUGGGGCAUGCAGAAGAACCGUCCAGCCAUGAACUAUGACAAGCUUAGUCGUUCUCUGCGCUAUUACUACGAAAAGGGAAUCAUGCAAAAGGUGGCGGGGGAGCGUUAUGUUUACAAAUUUGUGUGUGAGCCCGAGGCGCUCAUCUCCCUGGCCUUUCCUGACAAUCAGCGGCCGAGCCUAAAGGCCGAGUUCGAGCGCUACGUCAACGAGGAGGACACGGUGCCACUGUCGCACCUAGACGAGGGAGUGCCCUACACCCCGGAACAAGCCCCCCAAAACAUGGCCCACCAGCCCUACUCCAAAGGCUACAUGUACUAAAGCCAGCCCACCCGCAUUUCCUUCUACACCCACUUUCAGAAAAUCCCUUCUCUUGUACCAAGUCAUCAUCAAGCACACCCUGAAGCCCCACCAUGCACCUCUUGCACAUGCCCACCCAUCCACUUGUAUAUAAGGCUAUGGUGUUUUUGUUUAAAUUAAUCUCAUUAGGGAUUUUUUUUUGUUUUGUUUUCUUUUGUUUUUAUAAGCUGCAUUCCUCCCACAUCUGAGGCCUAUUCAAUACUUAAACAUUAACGUGGUUCAAGAGAUUGCUUAAUAAUAAAUACUCAUAAUAAUACCCCUCAA